CACCGCCCCCCAGGGGUUGUCGUGAAGGAUGCUGUCGUCGCCCACCGUGACGAACACGCACGUCGUCACACCGGCAACCGCGAGGAUCCACCGCGCGUCCCGGCCCGUCCGAGUUUACCCCUCCCCGACGCGAAGGUCGACCGCAUCCAAAACUCGUCGUCAUCCGGUUCGAUCCCGUUCGCCCACCACGGUCCUCGCCCAAGCCGCCGCCGCGGAGCCCGACCCGAACCCUCCGCCGUGGUCCUCCCUCUCCGUCCCGGUGUACAGCCUCGCGACGGUCCCGGACGCCGGCCCGACGAAGGGCGACAGCGCCGACCGGCCGAGCAUGAACAUCACCACCUACUGCACGCCGGUGACGAUCAAGCCGACGCGCAGGCUCGCGGUGGCGCUCUACACGCACACCGCGACCGCUCGGAACAUGCUGGCGACGGGCAGAGGGGUGCUGCAGGGGCUGAGGAGCCAUCACGCGGAACUGGUGCCGCUGCUGGGGAAGAGCAGCGCGCACGACGUGGACAAGCUGGAGGCGCUCAGGGAGACGCACGGGCUGAACAUCGUGGAGCGAUGGGGGGUGCCCACCAUCGAGGAUGCCAAGUCCGCGGUGCUGCUCGAGAUCGUGAGCCUGGAGACGGCUGGGGACCAUCACCUGGCGCUGUGCGAGGUUGUGGACUGGGAGAACAUCGAGGGGGAAGGGGAGCCGCUGUACACCGGGGAUCUGCCCAAGUAGACCGCUGCAUAGCCGCGUAGCCAGUAGCACGCCUCGUCAUCGAGUCAUGUCAACUUUGGGGCGAGUUUUUUGAACAGGCCGCGGGGUAACCG